AUGACUGCUGUUACUGCAGGCAACGUUAACUUCAAAUGGGACCCCAAAAGCUUGGAGAUCAGAACACUGGCAGUUGAAAGACUACUUGAGCCUCUCGUUACACAGGUAACAACACUGGUUAACACGAGCAACAAGGGUCCCUCUAAUAAGAAGCGAGGGCGUUCUAAAAAGGCCCAUGUUCUGGCUGCUUCAGUUGAACAAGCAACAGAGAAUUUCCUGGAGAAAGGAGAUAAAAUUGCCAAAGAGAGCCAGUUCCUUAAAGAGGAGCUGGUGGCGGCUGUGGAAGAUGUUCGUAAGCAAGGUGACCUGAUGAAGAGCGCUUCGGGGGAGUUUGCUGAUGACCCCUGCUCCUCUGUCAAACGCGGGAACAUGGUCCGGGCGGCGCGCGCCCUCCUCUCCGCCGUCACCCGUCUGCUGAUUUUGGCUGACAUGGCAGAUGUCUACAAGCUGCUUGUUCAACUGAAAGUAGUGGAAGAAGGUAUCUUGAAACUAAGAAAUGCUGGCACAGAGCAGGAUUUGGGCAUCCAGUACAAAGCCCUCAAACCAGAAGUGGACAAGCUUAACAUCAUGGCAGCCAAAAGACAACAGGAAUUGAAAGAUGUGGGUCACCGUGAUCAGAUGGCAGCAGCCAGAGGAAUCCUGCAGAAGAACGUUCCCAUUCUUUACACAGCAUCCCAGGCCUGUCUGCAGCACCCGGAUGUAGCUGCUUACAAAGCUAACAGGGACUUGAUCUACAAACAGCUUCAGCAGGCGGUCACAGGCAUCUCCAAUGCAGCCCAAGCCACUGCAUCAGAUGAUGCUGCCCAGCAGCAGGGUGGAGGGGGAGAGCUGGCUUAUGCUCUCAACAAUUUUGAUAAACAAAUUAUUGUGGAUCCAUCAACCUUCAGUGAAGAACGUUUUAGGCCUUCCCUGGAAGAGCGCCUGGAGAGCAUCAUUAGCGGAGCAGCCCUGAUGGCUGAUUCAUCCUGCACACGUGAUGACCGACGGGAACGUAUAGUUGCUGAGUGUAAUGCAGUGCGACAGGCCUUGCAGGAUCUGCUUUCAGAAUACAUGGGGAACGGAACAGACUCUGCCAGAGUGAAGCUGCAAAUUACAGCUCUCAUCUGA